GCUUCAGUGUGGGACCAGUGGGACCGGUCGGUCACUAAUGUCUGCGGCACCCGGUGUUUGAGUUGUGUGAUGGAGUUUCGUUGACGGACAGUAACACUACGUGAAUUUUGUAUUCAGUGUGUUUGUCUACCAACGCAGUGAUAUCUAUCGGGGGCGCUCACCCGAGCAACAUGGCAGAUAAUAUUAUCAUCAGGGUACAAUCCCCCGAUGGGAUGAAGAAAAUUCCUUCUACUAAGAGGGAGACAGCUGCUGCUUUUUUAAAGAAGGUAGCCAAAGAGUUUGGGUUCAAUUCCAAUGGCUUUUCUGUUUACCUGAACCGCAACAAGACCGGAGAGAUCCUUUCCCAGAACAAAACUCUGAGCCUGCUUAAGAUCAAGCAUGGCGACAUGCUGUUUCUGUUCCCUUCUGGAUCUUCUUCCUCCUCUGGGGAGGUGAUGGACACAGCCACCCCACACUCGUCUUCAUCACUACCAUCCAUCUCAUCUUCGUCGUCCUCUUCUUCGUCCUCUAUGAUUCCGCGGUCCCUCUCAGCACCCCAGGUCCAGGAGGAUGAGAUCGAUCAGUAUCUGGCCAAGCAAGACGGCAAGAUCUACAGGAACAAAGAUCCUCAGCUAUGUCGCCAUGGUGCCCUUGGAAAAUGUGUGCACUGUGUACCAUUAGAGCCUUUUGAUGAAGACUACCUGAAUCACCUUGACCCACCAGUGAAGCACAUGUCAUUCCACGCGUACCUUCGCAAGCUGACCGGUGGAGCUGAUAAAGGGAAGUUUGCAGCUCUGGAGAACAUAAGCUGUAAGAUCAAGUCGGGCUGUGAGGGCCACCCUCCCUGGCCGGACGGGAUCUGCACCAAGUGCCAGCCGAGUGCCAUCACGCUCAGCAGACAGAAAUACAGACACGUGGACAACAUCAUGUUUGAGAACCACACCAUUGCUGACCGCUUCCUGGACUUCUGGAGGAAGACGGGCAGUCAGAGGAUGGGAUACUUGUAUGGCAGGUUCACUGAGCACAAAGACAUCCCGCUGGGCAUCAGAGCUGAGGUGGCUGCCAUCUACGAGCCGCCGCAGAAUGCCACUCAGAACAGCCUGGAACUGAUGGACGAUCCUAAAGCUGCAGCUGUGGACGAAAUUGCUGCUAAACUGGGCCUCUGCAAGGUGGGCUGGAUCUUCACUGACCUGGUCUCUGAGGAUACGAGGAUAGGCACUGUCCGCUACACGAGGAACAAGGACUCGUACUACCUGAGCGCAGAGGAGUGCAUCACAGCGGGAUACUUCCAGAACCUUCACUCAAACCCCUGCAGACUCUCUCGAGACGGACAUUUUGGCUCUAAAUUUGUGACCGUGGUGGCAACAGGUGGUCCAGAUAACCAGGUGCACUUUGAAGGAUAUCAGGUGUCCAAUCAGUGCAUGGCUUUGGUGAGAGACGAGUGCCUCCUGCCCUGCAAAGAUGCUCCCGAGCUGGGAUUCGCUAAGGAGUCGAGCCCUGAGCAGUACGUACCUGAUGUCUUCUAUAAGGACAAAGACAAAUUUGGAAAUGAUGUCACGUUCCUGGCCCGGCCUCUCCCUGUGGAGUACCUCAUCAUAGAUAUAACUACCACUUUUCCAAAAGACCCUCAGUACACCUUCUGCUCCACACAACGUUUCCCCAUUGAGAACCGUGAUAUUCUGGGAGAGACACAAAAUUUCCACAGUUUAGCGACGUAUUUGUCCCAGUGCACCUCCACGGCAUUCCUGGACAUCGUGUCAGACUUCCAUCUGCUCCUCUUCCUCGUCACCAACGACGUCAUGCCUCUGAGAGACAGCAUCGGCUUGCUACUCGAUGCGGUGAGGACUUCUAAUGAGGAUCUGGCGCAGACCUGGAAGAAGUCGGAGCAGUGGGCCACCAUCGAGCAGCUGUGCAGUACCGUUGGCGGGCAGCCCUCCAGCUCUCUGGGUUAUGGGGCGAUGGGUGGCCCCUCAGUCCCCGCCUCCUCCUCAGCCAUGUGGUCCUGCCUUCACUGCACCUUCAUGAACCAGCCCGGCACAGAGCACUGUGAAAUGUGCAGCCUGCCCCGUAGUUAAACCCCCCACCCCCCCAUGGCCCUGAUCUUAUCCCGCCCAGCCAAUGACAUCACUGCACCAGGACCAGCUGCGAGAUUUUGGAUGCCCUUUUGGUUUUCUUUCGCCUCUGUCCUCUCAUCUCACAGUGUGAAAGAGAUGCACUCGUUUACAUCAGAUUUAAAGAGUAAAUAAAAUGAAUCCAGACUGUUUUUUUCUCUCCCUCCUCACGGCAGCUCUCGUGAGUGUCGGGCUUCGUUUAGCACUUUUGGCUGAGGCCCUUUUCCCUCGACCCACAGAGUAAUGGCCCCUCAGAUAAAUCCUGCUGUGACUCAGGACGACAGCAAAGACUCUCACAUCAGUGCCCCUCUCACUCUCACAACGUCUUCUGGAAAAUCUCGCUGUGUAUGACACUGUUAUUUAAGUCUUUUUGUUUCUUUUUUUUUUAAAUCUGAUUGUAGCGGUAAAAUUUGAAUCUUCAGCAUGGAUUCUUCGCAGUCAGGUGUUAAAAGGUCUGUUUGACAAGGCCCUUAAAGUACAAUCAUCGGUCAAAGCUCAGACCUGAAAACUCUUUAGAGCUGUAGAGUAAUUCCAGUUCAGUAGAGAGUUUAUAUUUUCAGUAUUAAAUUACUUUAAAAAUAAGCCCUGAAAAGACAUACACAAAAAGCUGUUCACGCCCAACGUUUUGUGUGCUGAUGGUGAUUUCUAGCAUCUGGACUGAUGUCAUACCAACUUCUCGUGGUUCCUAAAGAUCUUUUUGCUGGUUUGUUGUAGCCUCUGGAUUUGGUGGAUUGAAGACAAGAAGGCAUAAUAUGUAGCUUAUUUUAUCAGCUGUAUAUUCUGUUUCUGAUAAAACGCCAUCCAUCGC